AUGAACCGCAUCGCAGUUGUAGCGUUGAUCGUGGGCUUCCUCGCGGCAGCCGUCAGUGGAACUCCGGCCACCUCAGAUCCGGCCUAUCAGCAGUGGAAGGGCCGCAUCGUUGGAGGUCGGUACGCGCAGGAUGGUGACUUCCCGUACCAGGUGUCACUGCGGACGCUCACUGACAUGCACAUCUGCGGUGGAUCCGUCCUAAACCAGCAGUGGAUCGUCACGGCGGCUUCGUGCAUGUUUGGCCGUACGACGGAGGACACUCGCGCCGUUGUUGGAGCUUACCGGCUCAGCCAGGGUGGUUUCAACCUGGGUCUACGCCGAAUCGUCAUCCACCCCAACUUUGCCGAUGCCACGCUCGCUAACGACGUUGCUGUUGUGCGAGUGGCCACGCUAAUGGUGUUGAGUGAUGCCGUGCAGGGCGUGCAAUUGGGAUCGUACAACAUCAACGUUGCGUAUGGAGCUCUCGUCUCAGGCUGGGGACGCAUGGAAUUCUCGAACCCCACGUUCCCUGACAACCUGCAGUACAUCGCGGUGAACGUGAUCUCGCAGCUGGAGUGUCGUGCUCGGUUUGCUGCACCCUAUGAUGCGCGUAUCUUCGACAACACCUUGUGCUCGAGCAGCCCGAUCGGUCAGGGCACGUGCCUGGGAGAUGCUGGAAGCCCGCUUGUGCACGGAGCAGAGCUGCACGGUAUCGUGUCCUGGGGCAUUCCCUGUGGUGAAGGCUAUCCGGAUGUGUAUGCUCGCGUCUCGUCCCACCGUGGAUGGAUUCUGGCGCACACUCUCAUUUAA